AUGACCCUGUCCCUGCGGACCGGAGCCAGCACGUUCAUCGUCCCGUGGGGUGGCCGGGGGGAGCGGGGACGGGACGAGGGCCACCCCGUGCCUCCGAAGACGGAGGCGAAGGCCAAGGCGCUGAAAGCCAAGAAGGCCGUCCUGAAGGGGGUCCACAGCCACAAGAAGAAGAAGAUCCGCACGUCGCCCACCUUCCGCAGGCCCAAGACCCUGCGGUUGCGACGGCAGCCCAAGUACCCCCGGAAGAGUGCCCCACGGAGAAACAAGCUGGACCAUUAUGCCAUUAUUAAGUUCCCUUUGACCACAGAGUCGGCAAUGAAGAAGAUAGAGGAUAACAAUACUCUGGUUUUCAUCGUCGACAUCAAGGCAAACAAGCACCAGAUCAAACAGGCUGUCAAGAAGCUGUAUGAUAUCGAUGUGGCCAAGGUCAACACGUUGAUCAGGCCUGAUGGGGAGAAGAAGGCUUAUGUCCGACUGGCUCCAGAUUACGAUGCCCUGGAUGUAGCCAACAAGAUCGGAAUCAUCUAAACUGCGUCUACUGAGGACUGUACAGACAGGAGAAUAAACCCUGUGACACCA